GAAUACUGUGAAGCUCUUGGCGCCUAGCCAGGCGUCUUCGACUGCCCUAUACCGGUAUUCCGAGCCCAGAUUAAGCACUGGGCGGCGCACGUGCCUUGCGGCUACAUCGUUUACGGAGUAUGUACUGAUGAUAUCGGCUAUGAACCGGUGGUGUUCAAAUGGUACAACAGAUUUAAGUGUACACUGGGAGAAUCGUGUGUUUUCCCCAGUCAUGAUCAGACAAUCGAAAGAUUUUGCUACCUAUUCUGAUCCGACCGAUUUCUACCGCGCAGCCCCUUCAGUGCUCGGUUGGCACGACUUGGUCAUUUUUAACUGAAUAUUGUGGAACGAUGUCUCCCAACGAGCCGAUCGCGAUCAUUGGCUCCAGCUGCAAGUUUGCAGGUGGUGCGUCAUCCCCUUCGAAAUUAUGGGACCUCCUUCGCGACCCCAAAGAUCUAUCCAAACCCCCCCCAGACACCCGAUUCAACCUCGAUGGCUUCUACCAUCCAUACGCAGAGCAACAUGGAAACACCAAUGUGCACGGCGCCUACUUUCUCGAGGAAGAUCCGCGGUGUUUCGACACUGUCUUCUUCAAUAUCUCCCCAAAAGAGGCCGAGGCAAUCGACCCCCAGCAACGCAUCCUCCUCGAGAUGGUGUAUGAGGCUAUGGAAGCCGCCGGCCUGACAUUGCAAGGUCUCCAGGGGAGUGAUACCUCCGUCUACGCCGGUCUCAUGAUUAGGGACUACAUGGAUGUGCAGGCGCGUGACCCAGACUACUUCUCGCAAUAUAUGGUUACUGGAACAUCAAGCGCACUCAAUGCCAAUCGUAUCUCAUACUUUUUUGAUUGGCACGGCCCCUCGUUGACCGUCGACACAGCAUGCUCGUCGAGUCUUGUGGCGGUCCAUCAGGCUGUUCAGGGAUUACGGGCCGGUGAGAGCCGCAUCGCCUGUGUCACCGGAUCGAAUCUACUGCUUGGUCCAGAGUUGUUCAUAUCAGCGUCCAACAUGCACAUGAUGGCGUCUAGGUCGAAGAUGUGGGACACUAGCGCCGACGGCUACGCUCGCGGAGAUGGCUUCGCAACAUUCAUGUUAAAGACGCUGUCCAACGCUAUCGCUGACGGCGACCAUAUCGAAGCUAUCAUCCGUGAAACGGGCGUCAAUUCGGAUGGACGCACGAAGGGUAUUACGUUACCGAGUCCCCAAGCUCAAGCGGAACUAAUCAGAGAUACGUAUCGUCGCGCCGGUUUGGAUCCGUCUAAUCCUAGCGACCGAUGUCAAUAUUUUGAGGCACAUGGAACUGGAACCCAAGCUGGUGACCCACGAGAAGCCUCCGCCAUCCACGAUGCCUUCUUUGGAACAGACGGCGCCGACAAGAAGGCUGAUCCGAAGCUUGUGGUCGGAUCUAUUAAAACUGUCGUGGGGCAUACGGAGGGAACAGCUGGCAUGGCGGGCAUAAUGAAAGCCUUACUCGCCAUCCGUCACCGUGUUAUCCCACCCAACCUGCACUUCAGCAACCUCAACCCUUCAGUUGUCCCGUUCUAUGACCGAGUGACAGUACCUACCGAGCCAAUGCCUUGGCCAGCGGUGAAACCCGGAACGCCUGUCCGUGCGAGCGUCAACAGCUUCGGUUUCGGCGGUACUAAUGCUCACGCCAUCUUGGAAAGCUACGAACCUGGAAACAGCACGGUGGCCACCCACCAAGGCGAGAGCCUCGCACUUCCUUUGGAAUUGUCUGCAUAUAAUGAGAAAGCUCUAUUAUCCGUUGUGGAGAACUACGCAGCAUUCUUGAGGCAAAAUGAGCAGACUGUUAGCCUCCGGGAUCUGGCAUGGACUCUACACUCACGACGAUCCGAACUGCCUGUGAAGAUUGCUUUCUGCGGCCUAUCCGCCUCAGACAUCGCAGAUCAGAUGGAAAAUAAGCUUGAAUCGGUCAAGAAUACUCCAGGAACGGAACUUGGCACGCGCUCCCCAGCGUUCGCAGGUGAAAAACCGUCUCUACUGGGCGUCUUUACCGGCCAAGGUGCCCAAUGGCCUACCAUGGGGAAGCACCUCAUCGAGAGCUCAAGACUAUUCCGUGAUACUAUUGAACGACUUGAAAAGUGUUUGUCUGAGCUCGAUGACGGCCCUGAGUGGUCCCUGAAAAGCGAGAUUCUGGCACCAAAGGCCACUUCACGCGUUGCCGAGGCCGCUCUGUCGCAGCCCCUGUGCACCGCAAUUGCCAUUGCUUUGGUGGAUCUGCUUCACGCAUCCGGUGUCAACUUUACCGCCGUCGUAGGUCAUUCCUCCGGCGAAAUCGGCGCCGCCUAUGCUGCCGGGGUUAUAACUGCGGAGGAAGGGAUGAAAAUUGCCUACUACCGAGGAAAGUAUGCCAAGCUAGCCGAAGGCAAAAAUGGCGCCAAGGGUGGCAUGCUUGCAGUCGGUAUGGGAUUUGACGAAGCCAAGGACUUCUGCGAUCAAGUUCAGUUCAAGUCACGCCUAGGCGUCGCCGCCAGCAAUUCGCCCACCGGUGUUACUUUGUCUGGUGAUUUGGAUGCUGUUCAUGAGGCGAAAGAGCUAUUCGAUGCCCGCAAAACCUUUGCUCGGAUGCUCCAAGUUGAUACUGCGUAUCAUUCUCAUCACAUGCUGCCAUGUGCAGAUCCGUAUGUAUCAUCUUUGAACACUUCUAGAAUCGAACCGAAGGAUCCUGCACAGUCGUCUUGCACUUGGAUCUCUAGUGUGUACGGCUCCGAUGGUGAUCCAACAGUGGAGGAGCUCAGCGCUGUCUACUGGAGAGACAACAUGGCUCAGGCUGUACUUUUCUCUCAGGCUUUGGAGCGUGCUAUGAUUGAGUGCGGUCCAUUCGAUGCGGUACUCGAGGUUGGCCCUCAUCCGGCGCUCAAGGGUCCGGCAUCGCAGACGCUACGGGAGCUCAGCGACAACCCUCUACCCUACUUCGGGGUUCUUGAUCGCAAACGCAACGACACGGUCGCAUUCGGGGACGCGCUCGCCUCUUUGUGGAUUCACUUCGGCCCCUCCGCCGUUUACCUCGAGGGUUACGCAACUGCCUCCGGACCCAAGGACCUACCUCCGCCGAAGCUAGUGAAAGAUCUUCCUGCCUACCCAUGGGACCACUCGCAGGUUUACUGGCGUGAAUCAAGGUUGUCUAAAGAGUUUCGAACUCGAGCCUCGCCGCCUCAUGAACUUCUCGGCCAUCCCUUGCCUGGUGGAUUGUAUGAGGGUGGUCUUCGUUGGCGAAAUAUCCUUCGCCUUGAAGAGGUUCCAUGGAUUGGCGACCAUCGAUUCCAGGGACAGGCACUUCUCCCAACGUCUGCGUUCUGCUCCAUGGCAGUUGAUGCGGCUUUGAAGCUGGCGUCAGGCUCUGUGGACCUGAACACCGAUUGUAUCGAGCUUCAUGACCUUGUUAUCCACAAUGCGAUCAGCAUCCCAGACGGAUCGCACGGUGUCGAAAUAAUCACCUCCAUUCAUCGACUCGACACCUCGAAUCAUCCACUUGAUGCGGAGUUUACUGUUCUAUUUGGGCCGCCUGAUGGUAGCCAGGUGCUGAAGAAAGCUGCCUCGGCGCAUGUCACACUAUUGCGUGCAGGUCCUGCUGAGGAUCCUGCUCCUAUCCGGACGCGGGAGAAAUGCCUGGACUCUCUUGACAUACCCCAUUUCUACCAGUCGAUCGGGACAAUGGGACUCCAGUACGCCGGCUCGUUCAACUGCCUGGAAAGACUUCAGCGGAAAUGGCAGAAGGUCUCCGCACUAUUCAACAAGCAAGUCGCUACUAUAAAGCACCUCACGCUCAAUCCGUCUUUGGUGGAGGGGUGCAUCCAAGCUGCGUAUGCGGCCUUUUCAGCACCUGACGAUGCUGCAUUGCGGCGUGUGUUUCUCCCACAGAAGGUAGAAAGGAUGUCACUGCGGCUGUCAGCAGUUUCCGGCUCGGACUCUCUGCUUGUUAUUGACAGCUUUGUGACAAGUGUUGAGAAAGCAACCGCAACUAGGCGUCCCGCAUUUCAUACCGAUAUUGAAGUAUCGGACAGCGUUAGCGGAAAGUUGUUAGUCGAGCUUGAAGGACUUACGAUCUCUUCGUUUAGUCCUACCUCCGCGGCUGAUGACAGAGAACUGUUCCUCCAGACCGUGUGGAAACCCGCUAUGACCGAAGGCCUUACUGUUGGCAACGAACAACAACGGAAGAUAGCCAACCAAGCCGCAUUGGACAUGGAACAUCAGUCGAUCUUAUAUCUUGAGACUCUCUUUGCAAACAACUUAUACCUCUCUGAUAACACGUCACGGGAGUUUGCGUGGCUGGCCCAACUUAGCCAAGCUGGUCCUUCCAAGGGUUCGCAGAACGGUGGGAAUGCGCCGAUUACCUCCCACCUAGACGACUUUGAAGCAUUGAGAGCGGUCACGAAAAAGUUGCCUGAGGUUAUACGAGGACGAGUGCCCGGUGGUGACCUUGAGCGACAGCUACAAUCGUUUGUGGAGACCAACUCUGUCUUUCAACAAAUUAACGAUGGGUUGCAUAAUGUGGUUGACCGUAUUACCCAUCGUUUUGCACAGCUCAAUGUUCUCGAAAUUGCCCCCGCCCACUUGCGUCCUUCGUUCGAUGCCUUCGGUGAUCUGGCCGACCGGAUUUCGUCAUACACCUUGGUUACGAAUUCGCCUUCCAAGGAGAUUCCCAAUUAUGGCAGGAAUUUUACCCAUAUCCCAGUGGAUACAUUACACACCGACCCGCCGGCUAUCACGUCUGCCCUCAAUGGACAGAAAUUUGAUAUUGUCAUCGCUUCAUACCUUUUAAAUGGACAAACUGCUACCUUCAGCGAAGAGGCGCUGCGAGAGUUCAGAAAGGUCCUGACAGCCGGCGGUUACUUGAUUCUCACUGAACCUACUCAGGAAUAUGUCUGGUCCAGGAUCUUCCUAGGUGUUCUACUAGGCUCCGAAGGAAAUAGCGGUACGGGGCGCGAUAUCGGACGUCCUAUCUCCAGCGUGAGUCUGGAUGGUUUAUUGCGCAACGUGGGCUUCUCGGGAGUAGACUCGUUGCUGCCUCGUGAUGCCAAUGGGCCAGGCGAUGCCAUAUCGCUAUUUGUGACCCAGGCAUUGGACGAAACCAUCGAUCUACUGCGUCAUCCGUUGCAACCCUCCGCACUCGGGAUAUUGGAAGGUAGCCGUGUUCUUGUCGUCGGUGGUAAAACACUACGGACUUCGAGAUUAUGGCACAAUAUCGCCUCUGCUUUACAGCCUUGGGCCAAGGAAGUGUUUUGCAUAGAGUCCUUUGAGGCUCUUCAGGACGAAGAUACGACUGACAUUGCAGGUGCAAUUGUUCUGACAGAUCUUGACGAGCCAACGUCUAGACUGGUCACGUCCAAAUCAUACAACACAAUUUUCGGACUUUUUGCACAGGCUCCCCAUGUCUUAUGGGUAACGCACGAUGCGCUCCAAGCCAACCCCGAACAGGCGGCAUCAAUUGGGAUAGGUCAUUUCCUGGCUCAGGAACAUCCGUCCGCUCAUUCUCAGUUCCUGGACUUGGACACCAUUGAGGAGUCUGAAUAUAAGGUUUUGGGUUCUUUCAUGCGACUACUGAUUCCGGGCAUACACGACUCCCAAGAGCCUCGUCUAUGGACCACUGAAACGGAGAUUUCAGUCAAAGACGGCCAAGUUUUAAUUCCUCGUGUAUUUCCAACACAGAGUAUGAACGAUCGUCUCAACUCACACUGGCGCCCCAUCAUCCAAAGCGCCAAUCUCCCGAAAGACACAAUCGCUCUGUCCUCUUCUGGCUCGCUGCAUGCCCCGACUUACGCCGCUCAACAUAUCAACUCGCCAAGCAUCACGGGGAAAAGACCGGUUCUUCACACGACCUAUUCAGUCCCAAUCGCCAUCAAUAUCUCUAACGGCGUCUAUCUCUAUGUUUCCGCGGGACAAGUCGACAACGUGGGCAACGUUCUCGCAUUCACUGAUACUAUCUCGUCUCGUGCCUCUGCACUUGCCACGUGGAAGAUUCCAUCGGUUGCUGAAUCUGGCUCGGUUGAACUCAGUAACAUCUUGGAGCUGACAGCAAAUGUUUUGGCCGCUCACCACAUCAUUGACUCUCUUCCUGCAGGCAAUUCCGUCCUCCUGGAACCCAGUUCCACUCUCGCAGCAGUUAUAAAUGAGUUAACCAAAGGUACCGAGAAAAAGAUACACUUUCUAAGCACUGCGGCGUGUGAAAAAAUGACUAGCGUUACAUGGACUACCGUGCCACCUCUUGCGUCCAAGAGACACAUCCUUUCAGUCCUUCCGCACUGCCCAAAACUCUUUUUCGACCUUUCACCCGAACCAACUCGCCUGGCCUCCCGCAUUGUACAAUUACUCCCGUUGGAUUGUGCCGUUUUUGGCCUAGGAGAGUUAUUCCAGUUGGCUUCCGAGGGCACAGACGAAGUGUCUACUCCCUGGCUACAACACGUGCUGCUGACAGUCGCAUCAUCAGCCUUGAAACUCUCCAGAAAGGCCACAUAUCUAUCCUCUUCACCUCUAACGUUGAAAGAUCUACUUGGGCAUUGUAUUCAAAAUGGCAACGCUAUGGCGGUCGUCGAUUGGACCCAGCAAAAGAGUAUUCCACUAACGGUUGAGCCCUUGGAACCGUCACACCUCCUUUCCUCUACCGGAACAUAUGUUCUCGUCAAUACCGAGUCGUCCUUGACUCACUCCAUCGCUGAUUGGUUGAUUGCAAACGGUGUGCGGUCAUUGAUCACCAUCAACUCUGACAUCGGAGAACAUAUAACCCCGGAAUUAUUGGAUGAUCUGAAGGUUCAGAAUCUACAGGCGGAUCUUACCAAUCUUAAAGACGCUAGAGCUGUCUUUGAGAGAUUGCCAAAAGUCACCGGUGUCAUCUACGGUGGCGCAUCACCUGCAAUUUGCAGUUUGGGGGGGUCCGAGUUUGAGCUGAAAAGCCUUUUGGAAUCACAGCAAAGUGCACAUAAUCUGACUACUGUCUUGGGAGAUCGAGGUGUUGACUUCUUUAUCAUCCUGUCCUCCCUCCAAAGGGAUUGUGCGCCUGCGAACGCAUACUUCACUAGCCUCGCUUCUCACUGCAAGCAGGGAGGACCACCAACAAUCGUGCUCUCCUUGGAAUGCCAAUUGGAUUCUGACCAAGAAUGUCCAUUUAUCCGCCUCAGCGAGUCAGAUGUACACUACGCGCUGACGGAGGCAAUUUCAAGCACCUUGUCCCCCGAUGGCGUGUCCGCGAUCUGGACUGGUGUUGAGCGAUUGCCUCGUGAAGUUCCUGCUUCGUCUACGCAAAAUUGGCUCUCCAGACCUUUGUUCUCUCAUCACACUGUACGUGAGCACGAAGCUGAUCCACGCAGCUCUCAAGGUGAAGUCCAGAGCAUGAUGGAGAGAAUUGCUGUGUCUCAGGAUCACCAGGAAGCUUCCUCGGUCAUCCAGGAGUUCUUCGUGACACAGCUGGCGGCGAUGCUGACCCUGAGUUCUGAGUCUCUGAGUUCCCGAAAUGAUCUCACUAGUCUAGGCGUCGAUUCGCUAAGCGCAUCGGACAUCCGCGCCUGGUUCUUAAAGGAACUGGACGUCGAUGUGUCAAUAUUGAAGAUUCUUGGAGGAUACACUAUUGCGGAGUUAUGUGAUGAAGUCGCUGCCAAUUUGACCGUUCAAAUUGGGUCGCAGAAAGAAGCCGUAUCGCCACCCGCCGUGAACUCACCCGAGCCCGUUACUGCUGCACCUGUGACUGAGCAGCCCAAUAUCGAACGCCCUGUUGAAUCUCUUGCACCAGUUUUGGAAAUCGCUGUUGAGGCAUCCUCGAGCAAUUCUUCCUCAGAAGGGAUAAUGACGCCUCAAACCAGCCGAGGUAUCUACACUCCCCGGACCGAAAUAACUUCUCUACUCUUGGAAAGCGUCAAGUCAAAAAUCUGUACUCCAGUUCAACGGCAGGAGAAGAUGUCGUUCAGUCAGAACCGGCUAUGGUUCCCAACGGCCUAUCUUCAGCAAGACACCCCUUUCAACUGUACCACGUCAUACACCUUGACGGGUCCGCUCGACGUUGCUCGUCUUGAAAAUGCGUUCCAGCGCAUGAUUGAACGCCAUGAAAGCUUUCGCACUGCGUUCUGCACUGAUGCAGCUAGCGGUGAGGCCAUGCAGCGUGUGCUUGCCUCUUCCCCAUUCCAGAUGCGAACAAUGCUGGGAAGUAAGGACGACGUGCAGCGUGUGUUUCGUGAGAUUGCCAACUACCAUUUCGAUCUCUCCGUCGCAGAUACGCUCGUCGCUUCAUUGAUUUCUCAUGGGCCUAAAGACCAUACCAUUGUCUUCGGCUACCAUCAUAUCAUCAUGGAUGGUGUCAGUUGGCAGAUUACCCUGAAUGAUCUGGCCCGCUUCUACGAAUCAGACAACCCCGAGCUUCCCACGCUAUCGCAAUACAUCGACUUCUCAGUCAAGCAGCGUCAGCUUGUCAGUAGCGGUACUCAUAAUGCCAAGCUCUCAUAUUGGCGAAAGGAGUUCCCGUCCGCACCCCCCUUGCUGCCUUUGUUCCCUUUCGCGAAGGUCGGCACAAGGAAAGCUCUGACUCGAUACGACACGCUCGACUAUGUGUACGACGUGGACCCCUCUCUUGUCUCGAAGAUCAAAAAAGCAAGCUUGGCGGCAAAGACCACAACCUUCCACUUCUACUUAGCAACGUUCAUGGUUUUGCUUAAUCGAUUCCUGGAAACCGACGAUGUCUGUUUGGGUAUCAUUGACGCGAACCGCUCGGAUAAAGCAUUCCUCAACACGGUCGGCUUCUUGCUGGAUAUGCUGCCUUUGAGGUUGAAGGUCAACAAAAAGGAGCGGUUUGUCCACACCCUGCGCAAUACAAAGACCAAAGCAUAUGGUGCACUAGAGAAUUCUGGUGUGCCCCUCGAAACAAUUCUGAAGGAGCUCCAGAUACCUACCACGUCCACAAGUACACCACUGUUUCAGGUACUGAUGAACUACCGUAUGGGGGCGCUGCGCGCUCCUCAGAUGGGUGACGCAAAGAUGAGCUUUUUAGACUAUGAGGAUGCCAAGGCACCUUUCGAUCUUGCCAUUUCAAUCGAUGAGAAAGAUGAUGGCACAGGAAUGUUGACUUUCUCUAUGCAAGAUUACAUGUAUGACUGGGAAGGUGCGGAGCUCCUGGUGAAAACUUAUGUUCACCUACUGGAUACCUUGGCAACCGACUCAUCCCAACGCCUUAAUGAGGUGCCGUUGUUCGACGAGACUUUGGUUAAUCAAUCCAUGGUCGCUGGAACUGGGUCUGCUACUGGAUUUGAUUGGGCACAAACGCAGACCAUCUCACAGCGCGUCGACGCUAUGACAGCCCAAAAGCCUGACGGAGUUGCAGUCAAGGAUUUGAAUGGACGGGCCAGGACCUAUGCUGAGACGCAAGCAAGAGUCCACGCUCUGUCCCAUUCUCUCGAAAAGGCUGGUGUCUCUCCUGGCUCGCAAGUUGCCAUAUACUGUGAACCGACGGUCGACACUGUCGCAUCGAUCCUCGCCAUUCAUCGUGUGGGGGCCGCUUACGUCCCUCUUGACGUUCGAAAUUCCUCUGAGCGACUGCAGGAUGUUGUUAGACAGUGCAAGCCAGCCCUUAUUCUAUACCACGGUGCUACCAAGCAGAACCUUGUCGAUGUGGCUUGCGACAGUCAGGAUGUACUUGAUAUUGAUACUGUUCCAGAGUCGGCAUCCGGACAUGUUCCCGACGCUUCGAAGCUCUCCGACGCAGCUGUCAUUCUCUACACUAGUGGAUCCACUGGGAAGCCCAAGGGUAUUAUGCUGACCCACGCAAAUCUCUCCAUUCAUUUUGCUUCUAUCAGCAAUGCCUUGGGCCUCACAGACAGAGACGUCAUACUGCAGCAAAGUGCUCUUGGUUUUGACGCUUCCUUGGCUCAGAUGUUCAUGGCAUUGACAAAUGGCGGGACCUUGAUUCACGGCAGUAACCGUGGUGAUCCAGUUGAUCUUGCGGCACUGAUCGAAAAAGAAGGCGUCACACUGACACUGAUCAUGGUUUCCGAAAUGUCUGCGCUCCUGCAGUAUGGACGAGACAUACUAUCGCGUUGCCAAUCUUGGCGCAUUGCUCUCUGUGGCGGCGAGGCCUUCACGAUCAAUCUUCUACGCAAGUUCCGUGACCUCGACUUGCCGAAUCUGGAUCUCUACAACGCAUACGGUCCAACCGAGGCGACUAUUAUGUCUUCACUAGGUAAAGUGUCUUACCGCCGUACGGACUGGGAAGAGGGGUCCGUUGUUCCCGUUGGGCCUCCUCUUCCAAACUAUGGUGUGUAUGUACUCGACGAGAACUUGCAACCAUGUCCUCUAGGAUGGCCUGGCGAGCUGUGCAUCUGUGGACCGGGUGUGGCGCCGGGCUAUGUUGGCCUUCCCGAAUUGACCGCUUCCAAAUUCCAACCAGAUCAGCUGCGCAAGCCUCAAGGGUCAUCAUAUGAGGGCUGGGGUGAUGUUUACCGUACGGGAGACAAGGCCCGGCUGCUCAAAGAUGGAUCGUUUGUAUUCUUGGGCCGCAUGGAUGGAGAUUCGCAGGUGAAACUUCGUGGUAUUCGAAUUGAGCUCAAUGACAUCUCCAGCUCAAUCAUAAAGACUUCCAACGAGGCCGUCGUGGAUGCGACGACCAUUGUCAAGGGAACAACCAGCCAGAUGCUGGUUAGCUUUGUGGUUCUUUCGCCGGCGAAAGUCGCAGACCUCGAGAAAUCGCAAUCAUCCGCGUCCGCUUAUCUCCGUCAGCUAAUUCGGUCCCUCCCUCUACCAGUGUAUAUGCGCCCGGUAAUUGCGGUUCCACUACAGCGUUUGCCCUUCACGGAACGGGGAAAACUCGAUGUCAAAGCACUUGCGGCUAUUCCGAUACAGGAGGAUGCAGAGACGGCCACUGAAGAGCUGAACGACACCGAGAAGGCUUUGAAGCAGGUGUGGCAGGAAAUCUUGUCCGAACAAGGACUACCACUUGAGAUUCGGCGAGACUCGGACUUCUUUUCUGUGGGAGGAAAUUCUCUUAUGUUGAUGCGAGUCCGUGCGAAGAUGUUGGAGGUUUUUGGUGUCUCAGUGCCGUUAGCCCAGUUAUUCCAAGCUAGCACGCUCGAGUCGCUCGCCUCACGGAUAGACGGACAUACUACGGCUCAAACAGACACUAUCGUGUGGGGUGAAGAGACUACUUUGGAUACGUCCCUCCCCCCUGCUAUUGCCCGUUGCCAGGAUCACUCAGAAACGGACUUAUCGGUCGUCCUCACUGGUAGCACCGGGUUCCUGGGCCGUGAAAUCGUUCGACAACUUGUCGCUGAGCCACGUAUUUCCAAAAUACACUGCCUCGCUGUCCGUUCCGGACGCACUCUACCAAAAGAAUUAGUUGAUUCUUCCAAGGUUAUUGUUCACACUGGCGACUUGGCUGCCGACCGUCUUGGCUUAAGCGCGUCGCAAGCCGAGGAAUUAUUUUCUUCUGCCGCAGCCAUUAUCCACAACGGAGCCGAAGUCUCCCACAUGAAGUCCUAUCACUCUCUUCGAAAGACAAACGUGGACAGUACCCGCCAACUUGUCGAACUUGCAUUGCGCUCCUCGAUCGAUGCUGGCGUUCCCACUCCGGCUUUCCAUUAUGUCUCGACGGCCGGUGUGGGCCACCUUCCCAAAACGCCGUCGUUCCCUGAACAAUCUGUCUCGCCCUUCCCACCUCCAGUGGACGGGUCCGAUGGUUACGUCGCUGCCAAAUGGGCUAGCGAGCGGGUUUUGGAGCAGGCAUCAGAACAGCUAGGAUUACCUGUGUUUAUUCAUCGACCCAGCAACAUCACUGGUCCGGAUGUCGGUGACAGGGACAUCAUCCACAAUGUGUGGAAAUGGUCUGAGUCGCUACGCACAGUCCCCGAUCUAAUGGCUGCGGGUGCGACCGGAGCAUUCGAUUUUGUGGGUGUGGAAACCUGCGCGAAGGGGAUUACAGACACUCUUUUCGAGGGUUCCUCGGCCGGGACUCUCGCUUACUUCCACCAGAGCGGGGAGAACGUGAUUCCUGUCCAAGACUUCAGGGAUUACUUGCAGAAAAAACAGGACGCAGAGGUCGAGUUGCUUCCUUUUGAUGAGUGGGUGGAUAAGGCUGUACAGGCGGGAUUGGACGAUCUCGUUGCCUCGUUUCUGCGCGGUACAAAGGGUGCGUUCCAGAUGCCGUUGCUACCGAAGGCUUUAAGGGGGUGACCGAAGUUUUUGGGGCAAAAAAUAGGGGACGGUGGUAUGGCAUGAUCUUGUAAAUGACUACUCGUUGUCGUGGCUAUUCCAUAGGAGCUGUUAUAUCACAAGUAGAACAACCAACAUGCUUAAUCCUAA